AUGCGUGCCGCGCCUUCUUUCGCCGCCGCGCCUCCAGCUGCCCUGGUUACGGUUGGUGUUUGCGAAUUCUCUGCAGCGCCUUCUUCGCUUGAGACCAGCGUCGCCCAGCUCCAGGCGACGGUUCGAUACGCGCGCGCCCCUGUCACGUGGGCCAAGGCGCCCUUGCGGUUGCCGGCGGGCGGCUAAGCCGGGGAGAAGCGGCGGUCACCGCGCUCGCUCUGUCUCUGCGCUCCAGGGCGGGCGCUCCGGUAAAAAUGGCGAAAUGGGGGUAGUCGCCGCCGAACCUGAAGCGAUGGGGCGCGCAGGUGGGGCGGUUGUCGGAGCCCCCUGACGUGGGCGCCGGACUUUUCUCGGCGAUUUGACCUGGCGACCUCGGGCCGUCGCCUAAGAGGUCAGACUACAGAGUCCGCGGGUCGCCGAGGGCCCCGCUGAGAGCCGGAGGCAAUGGAUGAACAGAGCGUGGAGAGCAUUGCUGAAGUUUUUCGAUGUUUCAUUUGUAUGGAGAAAUUGCGGGAUGCACGCCUGUGUCCUCAUUGCUCCAAGCUUUGUUGUUUCAGCUGUAUUAGGCGCUGGCUGACCGAGCAGAGAGCUCAGUGUCCUCAUUGCCGUGCUCCACUCCAGCUACGAGAAUUAGUAAAUUGUCGUUGGGCAGAAGAAGUAACACAACAGCUUGAUACUCUUCAACUCUGCAGUCUCACCAAACAUGAAGAAAACGAAAAGGAUAAAUGUGAAAAUCACCAUGAAAAACUUAGUGUAUUUUGCUGGACUUGUAAGAAGUGUAUCUGCCAUCAGUGUGCACUUUGGGGAGGAAUGCAUGGUGGACAUACCUUUAAACCUUUGGCAGAAAUUUAUGAGCAGCAUGUCACUAAAGUGAAUGAAGAAGUAGCCAAACUUCGUCGGCGUCUCAUGGAACUGAUCAGCCUAGUUCAAGAAGUGGAAAGAAAUGUAGAAGCUGUAAGAAAUGCAAAAGAUGAACGUGUUCGGGAAAUUAGGAAUGCAGUGGAGAUGAUGAUUGCACGGUUAGACACACAACUGAAGAAUAAGCUUAUAACACUGAUGGGUCAGAAGACAUCUCUAACCCAAGAAACAGAACUGUUGGAAUCCUUACUUCAGGAAGUGGAGCACCAGUUGCGGUCUUGUAGUAAGAGUGAGUUGAUAUCUAAGAGCUCAGAGAUCCUCAUGAUGUUUCAGCAAGUUCAUCGAAAGCCCAUGGCAUCCUUUGUUACCACUCCUGUUCCACCAGACUUUACCAGUGAAUUAGUACCAUCUUAUGAUUCAGCUACUUUUGUUUUAGAGAAUUUCAGCACUUUGCGCCAGAGGGCAGAUCCUGUUUACAGUCCACCUCUCCAAGUUUCGGGACUUUGCUGGAGGUUAAAAGUUUACCCAGAUGGAAAUGGAGUUGUCCGUGGUUACUACUUAUCUGUGUUUCUGGAACUCUCAGCUGGCUUGCCUGAAACUUCCAAAUAUGAAUAUCGUGUAGAAAUGGUUCACCAGUCUUGCAAUGAUCCUACCAAAAAUAUCAUUCGAGAAUUUGCAUCUGACUUUGAAGUUGGAGAAUGCUGGGGCUAUAAUAGGUUUUUCCGUUUGGACUUACUUGCAAAUGAAGGAUACUUGAAUCGGCAAAAUGAUACAGUGAUUUUAAGGUUUCAGGUACGUUCACCAACUUUCUUUCAAAAAUGUCGGGACCAGCAUUGGUAUAUUUCUCAGUUGGAAACUGCACAGACUAGUUACAUCCAACAAAUAAACAACCUUAAAGAGAGACUUACUAUUGAGCUGUCUCGAACUCAGAAAUCAAGAGAUUUGUCACCACCAGAUAAUCAUCAUAGCCCCCAAAAUGAUGAUGCUUCGGAUACACGAGCUAAGAAGUCUGCAUGUUCUGACAUGCUUCUUGAGAGUGGUCCUACUGCAGCUUCUGUAAGGGAGGCCAAAGAGGAUGAAGAAGAUGAGGAGAAGAUUCAGAAUGAAGAUUAUCAUCAUGAACUGUCAGAUGGCGAUCUGGAUCUAGAUCUUGUUGGUGAAGAUGAAGUAAAUCACCUCGAUGGCAGUAGUUCCUCUGCUAGUUCCACAGCAACAAGUAACACAGAGGAAAAUGACAUCGAUGAAGAAACUAUGUCUGGAGAAAAUGAUGUGGAAUAUAACAACAUGGAAUUGGAAGAGGGAGAACUCAUGGAAGAUGCAGCUGCUGCAGGACCUCCAGGUAGUAGCCAUGCCUAUGUGGGUGCCAGUAGCAGAAUGUCAAGAAGAACACAUUUAUGCUCUGCUGCUACCAGUAGUUUAUUAGACAUUGAUCCAUUAAUUUUAAUACAUUUGUUGGACCUUAAGGACCGGAGCAGUAUGGAAAAUUUGUGGGGCUUACAGCCUCGCCCACCUGCUUCACUUUUGCAGCCUACAGCAUCAUAUUCUCGAAAAGAUAAAGACCAAAGGAAGCAGCAGGCAAUGUGGCGAGUGCCCUCUGAUUUAAAGAUGCUAAAAAGACUCAAAACUCAAAUGGCUGAAGUUCGAUGUAUGAAAACUGAUGUAAAGAAUACACUUUCAGAAAUAAAAAGCAGCAACACUGCCUCUGGAGACAUGCAGACAAACCUUUUUUCUGCUGACCAGGCAGCUCUGGCUGCAUGUGGAGCCGAAAACUCUGGCAGAGUACAGGAUUUGGGGAUGGAACUGCUGGCAAAGUCAUCAGUUGCCAGUUGUUACAUACGAAACUCCACAAAUAAGAAGAGUAAUUCACCCAAGCCAGCUCGGUCCAGUAUAGCAGGUAGUCUAUCACUUCGGAGAGCAGUGGACUCCGGGGAAAAUAAUCGUUCAAAGGGAGACUGUCAGGCUCUGUCUGAAGUUUCUGCAGGAAGCUGUCAGAUUGGGAGCAGGCACAGUUCUCGAGCCUUGAUACAUGGCAGUAUUGGUGAUAUUUUGCCAAAAACUGAAGACCGGCAUUGUAAAGUUUUGGAUUCAGAUGCUGUUGUGGUUGCAGUUUUCAGUGGCUUACCUACUGUUGAUAAAAGGAGGAAAAUGGUCACCUUGGGGGCUAAUGCUAAAGGAGGUCAUCUGGAAGGAAUGCAGAUGACUGAUUUGGAAAAUAAUUCUGAAACUGGGGAGUUACAGCCUGUAUUACCCGAAGGAGCUUCAGCUGCCCCUGAGGAAGGAAUGAGUAGCGACAGUGACAUUGAAUGUGACACUGAGAAUGAGGAGCAGGAAGAGCACACCAACGUGGGCGGAUUUAACGACUCUUUUAUGGCACAGCCCCCAGAUGAAGAUACACAUUCCAGUUUUCCUGAUGGUGAACAAAUAGGCCCUGAAGAUCUCGGCUUCAAUGCUGAUGAAAACAGUGGAAGGUGUCUAGCAGCUGAACAAGCACUGGCCCCAGGGAUAAACACUACUGAAACCAUUGCAGCUCUCCUACCCCCAGGCACUGACUGACACCCCCACCCACCCACCUCUCGCCAGGUUCCACAAGCCACAACUACUGCUUUGAUUGGACAAGAGACCAAUUUCAGGAACUUUACUGAUAAAACACUACAGACUCACAGACUCUUGGAGUCCUGUGAAAGACCUCUGGAUGUAAAGAGCUGAACUCGACUUCAUUUUAAUGUUAAAACUCCACCCCGAAAUGAACAAGGGAUGUGUGUUACAUACGCAUUAUGUCACUGUGCACACGUUUGCUCCCCCUCAUAAAUAUUCAUAAGACUCCCCACCCCUUGCUAAAUAAGUAUGUUAAAUCCUACAAGUCAUAAAAGCCAGCUUCCUCUCCCCUUUCUGCAGAAUGUGUACUUUUGGCCUUCCCAAGGUCAUGCUACCUCAGUCUGCGGAUUGUCUCUUGCUGAAAAAGUUUCUCUUUUCUCAUGAUUGUUUUGAUAACAACUUCAUCCCUUUCGAUGCAGGUGUCUUGCUCAAUUGGCUUCACUUCUGUCCUCCACAUUGUCCUUUCUUUUCUAUCUUAUCCACAAUCCUCCAGAAAGACUUGCAACCACAACUCAGCUGAUUUUCUUUCUUCCAGUUUGAAACUAAAAGGGGAAAGCCUUACUGAAAGGGAAAAACUUGAGUGGUUGGAUGCCCAGUUCUAAGAAUGAAGUCAUUGGGAGAUUUGUGGAUUCGCCAUUUAGCCCAUGGCAGGUCCUCUUCCUCUUUCCUUUUAGGAUUCUAAUGCCUCUGUCUCCCUCUCCCCCCAAGUAAAUUAGUGGUGAAAACAUGUAUAAGAGGAAAUUGAUCUCUUCUAUAUUUUCUGGGGGAAAAUGAUGUUAUGGCAGCACUUAGCAAAUUUUCUUUUUUAAAUAUUCCAAGAUUAAGAAAACUGCCUCAGGGUGUUUUUUUUCCCCCCAGUUCUGAGGGAAUCUGCCCAAAUUUAAACACUGAAUAACUUACCUUUCCUUUAAAUAAAAACACACGACUAGUGGUUUUAAGUUGUUGGGUUUUAUUAAGAUAAUUGGCAAGAUUUCAACAUACUCCUUACCUGUAUGAACGGUUUUUAUAAAAUAUGAAGGAUCACUCAUGAUUACAACUGAACUCAAAAGUGAGCUGUAAAGCAGGUUUGUAAAUUGAUAAAUUCACUUGGUAAGGAAUUAUUCACUUCAUUCGUUUCAGUCCAUAGAGAAUUCUUUGCAGAGAAAUACCAUGAACAAGAGAACAAAGCCUGUCUCACCAAAGAGCACCUAGAAUAAGAGUUUACAAUGAUGUAUCUGUGGAUUAUCUAAUACAUCAAAGUUUAUUAGAGUAUUUCCUUUUUCAAAAUCAACUGCUGUGUCAGUCUGGAGUUCCCUGUCCUAUUUCAUGUUUUAUAAUUAGUACAAUAAAUAGUCUUGGAAAUGGAAGAUAAAAUGUUGCUAGAGGAAGUAACAAUUAUUUUUGAACACAGUACCAUUUUUCUGGAAAAUAGUUGUAUUAUAAUACUGGCAGUAUCUUAUUUUGUUUUGCAAGAGACAUUUAAGCUAUUCACAGGUCAAAACGGA